UCUUGCAGUUCUUUCCCAGGCUCCUCCGCGCGGCUCUACCUAAACUCUCUUCUUGCAUUUAGCCUAGACCGAGCUCCCUGCGUGCACCGCGCGCUGCCUGAGGCGCUGAUUUCGCAGUUUGGAAUGGCUUCCAAGCAUGUGGCCGAAGUGCUGUCUAGCAUUACAAGUCCAAGAAGGCUGUGAUGUCUCUUACAGAGAAAAGAAAGCUUCUUUUAGAUAAGUAUUGUUCAGAGGUCACCUGGAAUCAACAUGUCUGGGACCGAGGAAGCAGUUCUUGGAGCCCGUGGCAACCAUCCUUCUGUGGCUGGCGGCAACUCCGUGUUAUGCUUCGGACAGUAUCAGUACACAGCAGAUGAGUACCAGGCCAUCCAGAACGCUCUGAGGCAGAGGCUGGGCCCGGAAUACAUCAGUAGCCGCAUGGCUGGAGGAGGCCAGAGGGUAUGUUACAUUGAGGGUCACAGGGUAAUUAAUCUGGCCAAUGAGAUGUUCGGUUACAACGGCUGGGCACACUCCAUCACACAGCAGAAUGUGGAUUUUGUUGACCUUAACAAUGGCAAGUUCUACGUGGGAGUCUGUGCGUUUGUGAGAGUCCAGUUGAAGGAUGGUUCAUAUCAUGAAGAUGUGGGCUACGGUGUCAGCGAGGGCCUUAAGUCAAAAGCCUUGUCUUUGGAGAAGGCCAGGAAGGAGGCCGUGACAGAUGGGCUGAAGCGGGCGCUGAGAAGUUUCGGGAAUGCACUUGGAAAUUGUAUUCUGGACAAAGAUUAUCUGAGGUCACUAAAUAAGCUUCCCCGCCAGUUGCCUCUUGAAGUGGAUUUAACAAAAGCAAAAAGACAAGAUUUUGAACCAUCUGUGGAACAAGCGAGAUACAGCAGCUGCCGGCAGAACGUGGCUCUGGGGUCCCCCAAACCACAGGAGGUGACCUCCCCUUGCAGACCGAGCCGCUUGGGUGAUGCGCACGCUGUGGGGCAGGAAGAGAAGGCCAGCGGCUCCCGUCUGACCGCAGCCGAGAGCGAGGCCACCUACCAGCGGAAGCUCCGGCAGAAGCAGCUGCAGCAGCAGUUCCGGGAGCAAAUGGAGAAGCAGCAGCAAGUUCAACUGUCUGCUCGGGAGGUUGAGAAGAAGACUCGGGUGACUCUGGCAGCACCGCCAGCACCUCCUCUGACGCACAGCACCCCUGUGACUGCCGUUUCUGAACCACUCGCAGAGAAAGACUUCCUUACAGACAGUCUUGGAAUGUGGGAUAUGGAUCCAGAUGCAGGUGACAGUGAUGUCAGGCCCUUGUCUAAACCAGAACUGCUCCAGACCUCUGCUACACCAGCUCUGAAGAACCAGAGGGUGACUUGGGACAGGACCCCACAGAACAUGUGCCACCGGAAUCCACAAGCAAAAUCGGGACCCUCCCAUUUCCAAACUCACAACCUCAACCAAGAUGUAACAGGAAACUGUGAUAUCACUGGGAAGAACCAGGACUUGAAGAAAAGGAAAUUGGAUCCAUCCUAAUGGAGGCUCAGGUCACAUCCUUGACUUUGUCAGAAAGGAACUUUCAAAAACUACUUUUUCGCCAUAAAACCGUUCAUCGUUCCUAGGGAAUAAGCUUUAUUUCCAAGGAUUUGCCUUGCUUCGACUUAACCAGAGGAUCUGACUGUUGGAACUUGCCGCAGAUAAAGCUGAGCAGUCAGAAAACCGCGCUUACACCCUGCAGGGGAAUGCUCGGAGCUGAACCACCUUUUCUUUGGCUCUUGAGGUUCUUCACUAUUUAUUGCUAAGGUGCUGUGUUAGUAGUAUGUAUAGAAAUUUUAGGAAUGCCCAGUGGCUACCUGUCCUGUAAGCAACAUAAGCCGUACUACUAAGCACCAACUUUUACAACUGCCUACAUGGAACUGUAACGUCUGCCGCCUUUCACCGUGGGGCUCGGUGUUACUGUUGUCCACAACUGUGUUGUGUAUCCUCCUGAGAACAAAAGCUACAGCGGCGUUUAGCUACCUUGCAAUCCUGGCUGCAGUCUUCAUCUAUGAUAAUCUCUCGUUUAUAGGUUUAUGGUGUCACUAUCCUGCAGUUUUUUUCCUGAUCAAGGAAAUGAUUGAAGGCCAAAGAAAAGGCAUUUUAAGACAGCAAAAUAAAUUCUUUCCUUUGUAACAAAAAACACAA